AUGGUGAAUCUAAAGAGUGGGGCACCUGUCCAGUACAAGGAAGUCCCAACACACGCUGCUGAUGAGGGUGGAAGCAGUGGGGACGAGAUUCCUGCCUCAAACGAAUUGACCGAUGCGGUGACUGACCCGCUCACACAAAAUGGAGAUGUAGAGGCACCUUCAUCUCCUACAGAGGAAAGCGCACAGACUGCUAGUCCAAAAGCUGGAAAUGUACCUGAUAGUAAAGCGGCAGGCAGCAGUCGAUUUCUUGUCUCACCUGCGAUUGUGAUUUGUGAUGAGACGGGUAACAACAUCAGCAGCUCUGAACCCGUCGUGGAAGAAAAUAACAGUGAUGGGGAAGAUAGCGAGCGGAACAAGGACAAUGAACCCCUUGCCAGCAAUGAUGAGUUAUCUCCCUUCUCACACCAGAUGGCGCUUUAUGAGGAUGAUUUGUCAGAAAGAGGAAAGAUUUCACAGAUCAUCAAUAGAAUUUCUAAUUACCAAGCUGGCAUUGAACCAAACAUUAGUGAGCAGUACAGUGACAAACCUAAACAGGUCAAACUAGGAACCCUCCUUGGUGUGUACCUACCUACCAUACAAAACAUCUUUGGUGUGCUGCUCUUUAUCCGUAUGACAUGGAUUGUUGGUAUGGCUGGAGCGCUGGAGGGGCUGGGAAUUGUCAUCAUCUGUUGUUGCACAACAAUGUUGACAGCGAUAUCGAUGAGUGCCAUUGCUACCAAUGGUGUGGUUCCUGGAGGUGGGUCAUACUUUAUGAUAUCUCGAGCUCUUGGACCAGAGUUUGGUGGAGCUGUCGGGAUUCUCUUCUAUCUGGGGACAACAGUGGCUUCGUCAAUGUAUAUCAUAGGAUCUAUCGAGAUAUUGGUGAAAUACAUGGCGCCCCAGAUGUCCAUAUUUGGUGAUAUGGAUGUACAAGCCAAUGCCUUUAACAACUAUCGUGUAUACGGGACGUGUGUUCUCAUUCUCCUGGCCAUCAUUGUUUUUAUAGGCGUCACCUUCGUCAGUAAAUUUGCUGCCCUGUCUCUCGCCUGUGUCAUUCUCUCGAUCUUCUGUAUAUAUAUCGGCAUCUUCGUAGCCAAUCCGGACAGUAGUUUAUCUAUAUGUGUGUUAGGUAACCGGCUGAUGUCGUCUAAAGUUGUGGAAGUUAAUGGGACAUUCAUGUGUUCUAAGAGCCCAAACAUUAGCGGAGGUAUCUUCUCCAGCUACUGCAGUGUAUUCAAUGGUACGACUGACUGCCGAGGAGACUUCUUCGAAGAGCAUUCAGCGAAGACCAUCCCUGGUAUCCCUGGUCUGGGCAGUGGUGUCUUUGUUGAAAACCUGAACAAUAGGUACACACGCAAAGAUAAAAUCAUCGGUACAGAUGAGAGCGGUACUUCUGAGGCGGAAAUCAUCGCUGACAUAACAUCAUCAUUCAUGGUCCUCCUGGCUAUCUACUUCCCUUCCUGUACAGGUAUCAUGGCGGGGUCCAACAGGUCUGGAGACCUGGCUGAUGCUUCCAGAUCCAUACCAACUGGUACCAUUGCUGCCAUAGCAACAACCUCGUUUGUCUACAUCACUAGUGUGAUCUUCUUUGCUGGUACAGUAGAAGGGGACCUUCUCAGAGACAAAUUUGGUGAAAGUAUCAACGGAGGAUUGGUAGUGGCCAAGUUAGCCUGGCCUAAUGAAUGGGUCAUCCUGAUUGGCUCUUUCCUGUCUACACUGGGGGCAGGCCUCCAGAGUCUCACAGGUGCACCACGACUUCUACAAGCCAUCAGCAGUGACGGAGUGAUCCCAUUCCUAAAGGUGUUCAGUGUGACAACAAAACGAGGCGAGCCUUUCCGAGCCCUCAUCAUGACUGUGCUCAUAUCAGAAAUAGGAAUCCUUAUCGCAAGUCUGGAUGACGUCGCUCCCAUCAUCACAAUGUUUUUCCUGAUGUGUUAUGGCUUUGUGAAUAUGGCAUGUGCCCUUCAGACUUUACUGAGGACACCUAGCUGGCGGCCACGCUUCCGGUUUUAUCACUGGGUUCUGUCACUAGUGGGUAUGGCCUUGUGUAUCACUCUGAUGUUUAUAUCAAGCUGGUACUACGCCCUGGCAGCCAUUGCUCUUGCUGCCUUUAUCUACAAAUAUAUAGAAUACAAAGGGGCUGAGAAGGAAUGGGGAGAUGGUAUUCGGGGUUUGGCUAUGUCUGCCGCCAGAUAUUCCCUACUUAGACUACAACAGGGUCCACCCCACACUAAAAACUGGAGACCUCAAAUCUUGGUCCUGAUGAAACUUGAUGAUAAUCUACAGCCGAAGUACCCAAACAUGAUCAACUUUGCCAGUCAGCUCAAAGCAGGUAAAGGUUUGACCCUGGUCAACAGUGUUGUGGAAGGUGACUAUAAGGAAAGGUAUGCUGAUGCCCAGGCAGCUAAACAGACUCUGAGUAAGCUAGUUGAAACAUCAGGAGCAAAAGGCUUUGCUGAUCUCGUGAUAUCAAACAAUGUCACAGAGGGACUGUGUCACAUGAUCCAGAACGCUGGUUUGGGUGGACUGAGACACAACACUGUCAUGAUUGGCUGGCCAUAUGGAUGGAGACAUGACCACAAUGCCAAAAGUUACCGCGUGUUUCUCGAAUCUGUUAAGAAUAUCAAUGCUGGGCAGAUGGCGCUGUUAGCAGUAAAAGGCAUCAACAACUUCCCACAGAGCAAUGAGAAACUUAAGGGCACCAUAGAUGUAUGGUGGAUAGUACAUGAUGGAGGAAUGCUGAUGUUGUUGCCAUUCUUACUAAAGCAGCAUAAAGUGUGGAAGAAUUGCCGUCUUCGGAUCUUCACCGUGGCUCAACUGGAGGAUAACACAAUACAAAUGAAGAAAGACCUAGAAAUGUUUAUGUAUCACCUGAGAAUAGAGGCUGAGGUUGAGGUUGUGGAAAUGACAAAUAAUGACAUAUCGGCAUACACAUAUGAAAGGACAUUAAUGAUGGAGCAGAGGACGGAGAUGUUAAAGGCAAUGAGAGGAGGAGGAGGAUCCAAGCUCAGUCCCCAAGACAUACUGGACAAUGUUCAUCGAACCCCUGCCCAGGUAAAGAUUCAGCUAGAGACUGUAACUGAGGAGGGACUUCCAACCGAAUCCUCUACAGACGAGGAAAAGUUAGAAAAACAUCAGUAUACAUUCACACCUUCCAACCUGUCAAGUGAUAAGAAAGCUUCCUCACCCUCCAGUCCUGUAAACGAUCUUCUCAGCAUGAGACCAGAUAAAAGAAAUGUGAGGAGAAUGCACACAGCCGUACGUCUCAAUGAAGUCAUCAUUGAAAAGUCUCACGAGUCGCAACUUGUCAUCCUGAAUCUGCCAGCCCCACCAAAGUCAGAAGCAGGCGAACUCAACUAUAUGGAGUUCCUGGAAGUAUUGACAGAGGGUCUAGAAAGAGUGUUGAUGGUGCGAGGGAGCGGCCAUGAAGUCAUCACCAUUUACUCAUAG